AUGGUGCAAUGUAAGAAAUGCAAACUGUUUCUAUCUUUGGCUAAAGAGGAUAUAGUGAGAUGUAAGGGUGAAUGUGAAAAUGUUUACCAUAAAAAAUGUGCAAAUAAAAAGUUCCUGAAUAGUACACUCUGCGACGACUGCCAGACAAAUAAAAGCAGCCCUAAACAGUUCGUAGAUGAGACGAAAAUUACAUUAAACCCUCGAGAAGAGUCUGGAGAGAACGUUUUGGCUGAGGUAAAUAAAAAGUUAGCGGUGAUUUAUAACCUGGAGAAAAAAAUAGAAGAACUUACCAACAGCGUUGAAUUCUAUGCUGACAUGUAUCAAACAUUACUUAAUUUCAAAGAAGAGUCACAGAAAAAAAUGAAGACUUUAGAACAAAAAAAUGUUUAUUUGGAGAAGUGUAACAAGGCAUUAGAAGAACGGGUACAAGAGUUGGAAAUGAAAGAUAAAGAGAAAAACAUUGAAAUUCACGGAUUAGAGAAGCACGAGAACGAAAAUACCAAAUUAGUAGUCCAAAAAAUGGCACAGAAACUGAAUCUGGACCCAAAUGAUAUUGAAGAGGCACAGAGGGUAGGCCAAGAAAAACCAGACGACACAAAGCCCAAGACUGUGUUGGUCACGCUUCGAGAAACGAGAAGAGGAGGAGGAAUAUUAAUUUACGCUAAGAAUGCAUUAAACUUCGAAGCUAAAAUGAUAAACACAGAAGCAGUAGAAACAAUUCAUGGUCAAUUGAAACACGGGAAAAAUAAAACACAUAUUAUCGCGAUAUACAGACCACCGGCCAAUAAUAAACUAAUAUUUAUAAAGGAAUUAGAGAAUCUACUGCAAUCCGUGCCAGCAUCUGACAGUGUUAUAGUAAUUGGCGACACCAAUAUAAACAUAUUGAACGACACGAUUAAUCCGACUGUAUCAAGGUACAAAAACGCCCUGUGUGAAUGCGGCCUGCUGUGUGUAAUACCGAGCGAAGAAGCAACGCGCGAGGCGAUCGCGGGCGACCGGCUUGAGGCAUCGUGUUUGGAUCAUAUCUGGGUGCGAGCGGGACGGAGCGGGCGCGACGCGUGCGCGUAUGUCCUUGAGUCACGAAUCGCCGAUCAUCAUGGAAUCGGAAUAAUGUUGAAUUUAAGUGUGAUUGGAAGCGAAAAUCAAUGUGUGAAUGACAAUUUUAAUAAUAAUAAUAGUAUGCGCGAAGUGUUAAAGGACAAAAUUGUUAAACAAAAGCUGGAUGAAUAUGACUGGGCCCAGUUAAAUACAAUAACGUGUCCGGUAUUAUUAUAUCAGACGAUGUGUAGUGUAUUUAAUCGUAUUUAUAAGGAAAGUACCAUUAAAACUAAAAUAGAUAAUAAGAAGGUAAUAAGACAGCCAUAUACAGACAUAUACAAUGUUAUUGCGAAGGGAUUAUUUAUUUAG